GGAAAGAUGGAGUUUGUUUUUUGUACUGAAAAAAAUCUCAAUGUGGUAUUAAAAUUGAAGAUACAUAAGAAAAAAAGAUGGGUUCUAACUCCACGAUUUUCACGAAAAAUAAGCCCAUAGACUUCAAUCAACUGGGCUUAGUUCAUUUACAGGCCCAUAAGUGAAUGGCCCUGUUAUCCCCCCCCCAAACAACACGUGGUAUGCAAUAAUUAGUCCACGUGCCAUGAUGGUUAAUGUGUCUCAACUUUCAUGCACUCAAGAGUGACCGUAAUACUGUCCCCAUUCUCCGAUCCCGGGCCGAUGGCCUUUGUUUCACUGUAACUAUCGAGGCAACUCAAUCUCAUGCUAGCAAUUCUUUUUUUCUUUCGUUCAUUUCCAAAAUUAGAUUAAAAAAAUCGUUCAAAAAUAAAAGCAAAAAUCAAAAUUGAAAAUGUCUUUUCUCUCUGGACUGCACCUUUACCGGAAAAUUCCUUCUUUUUCAAUUCAACCAAAUUGUUUUUGCUACUCUUUAUGCUCUAUAUUUUUGCAUCCGAGCCUCAGAACUCAGUGGUACAGCACCGAAGCUGAUUCGGCUACUCAGACUGAGUUCCCUGGCGAGAAUGCGUACCAUAUCUUAGGAGUUGCAGAGACCAGUUCGGUCGCUGAAAUCAAAGCAUCGUUUCGCAGAUUAGCAAAAGAAACUCAUCCGGACCUCGCCGAGUCCAAGAACGAUUCAUCUGCUUCUUCCAACCGUUUUGUCCAAAUCCUCGCCGCUUAUGAGAUUCUUUCUGAUUCUGAGAAAAGGGCAUAUUAUGACAGCUAUCUGUUAUCUCAAAGAAAGAUUGUACAGAAGCAUUCUAGAAAGGGUUCGACAUUGUACAUGUACACAUCCCAUACAACAAUGAAUAAGCAGAUUGAAGUUGUUGAAUGGUUAAAGUGGUAUAGAUUAGCUGUAAAUGAUAUAGUUUCUCAAAGGAAAGCAGUGGUUGGAACUGGCUAUUUUGAUGUUCUUGAAGCUGAUUUCUAUUCAGCCAUAUGCAAGGCUUAUUAUGGUCCUGUAAUUGAAUCCAUGGAUCUUCUUCCUGAUCGGUUUGAAGCUGAGGAAAGGUCUGUGUACGAAAAUCCAGAGGUGCUGCACUUGGUUUCAGGGCGCAAUCUCUUUGGGAUGGUUUGCCUGGUUGAAAGGGUUCCUGAGUUAUCUUUCACUGAUAAUGAAAAGUUGACUUGUUCUAUGUCUGCUGCUUCAAUCAUGUCUCAGUCUACCCAAAAUGCUAGAAUUUGCAUGAAUAACAAAAAAGAAAACUAUGGUGGAAUGCCUCAGAUUCAAGUCACUGAUAUUAAAAACCAUGUGUCUGAUGCAUAUAGAGAUUUGGAGUUGCAUGUAUCUGGAAGGGUGGUAGCUGUGGCCAAUAGAAUCCCUCCUAAAAGCUGUUUUAAUGAGAUACAAAAUGAGGAUGUUGAAGACCACAUACAAGUUUUUCUUACUUCAGAUGAUGGUUCCAUGCAUUUUGGCAAAGGAUUGGAUCAUAAGGUUGGAUCCAGAGUUCUGUUGGGAACAAUAACUGGACUUGGAACCAGCCCGGAAGAGGGGUCAUGUUUUGUUUACAAUAGUAGUGGUACAAAAACCCAUGUGAUAAUGAAACUUAGGACAUUGCUGGUGAAGCAUAUGCACUGGUAUCGGGUGGGAAAGGAAGUUUCUGUUUGUGAGUGUAGAUGCAGUAGAGCUCGAUUACCACCUAGCAAAUUUUGGUUGUUUGAACCUCGUUGUGGAAUGCAUGACAUUGGUGGUUGGUACAUUGAAACUUUUGGGAAAGAUAAGAAAGGCCAGACAGUCCUAUCCCAAAGGUUUUGGGAUGGCAUUGAUGCAAAUAAACAAUUUGAUGAGAGACUUCAUCCAGCUAUGUAUUUGCUUGCGCUUGCAUAUAGGACACUAGAUAUUGAAGAUGCAAAAAUAAGGAAGCAAACCAUCUGGAACAUCGUUGGAGGAAAACUAUAUAGAAUCCUCAGUUUGUGCAAGAAGCUUGUUUAGGAUGGAUGCCUCUUUGGGCUUAUGAAGGCUAGAAAUACUUUUUCUCUUAAGAAGGUACAGAUAUUUCCUUUUUUGGUUCAAGGAUUGGCUGUUAGUAUACAUUAUACUUGAUUGAAAGGCAUCAAACAAAGUCACACUAGCAAAUUUCCGCAAGGUAAAUCUUGAGAUAACUCGGAGGACAAUUAUUUACAAUUGUUGGUGAAAAGAAGCCAGUCAGGGGGUUGCAUUUGAAUAGUACUUUUGACUUGAUGAAUAAUCAGCUCUGCUUCGUGAUGAGUGGAUUCCUUUUUAGGGUAUAAGAAAUAGCUGUCAGUUUUGCAUUUGGCAGUUAAUUGAUCUGGAGCAUAGUGAACUAUCAUGUUGGUAAUGGGAUCUUCAGAAUUUAUCAUCCUGUUAGCUGCUAUUUGUGAAAGUUAUCCUUUGGAUAUAUGAAGAAAAUGAUUUCGUUUUGGGGCCAUUGAUAAGAUUUAUUAAGAUGAGUAGAUGACUCAUAGGAUAUUUUUUAAUUAAUGUUCAUACCUGCUCGCUUUACUUUGUAUCAUCACUUGAAUAUGCUAUAGGAGCAAAACAUCACCUUCUGGACCAGUUGACCUUAAACUUAUACUCAGGCAUCAUCGUGAAGCAUUGGAAUAUGAAAUUGCUUGGAUUGUCAAUUCAAAUUCUGAGAUCGAGGAGUAAUUGCUCAUACUCAUUGUGUUGCUAGUUUGAUCAGAUGGUGUAGACUGGUCUUCCAUCAGCAGCCUCUGCAGCAGCUGCUGCUAGAUCAUCAUCGGCCAUAACCUCCACUGGUAGUUGAAGCAACUCUUCUUUUCUACAAUAUACAUGGAAAUGCUGUUCAAGAACAUUCGAUGGGGUCUCCUUUGUGGCAAAGGCUGUUUUAAAGAAAUCCUCUACUGGUGUGGCAAAGAUAAAUAAAAAUACUGCUGUAACAACUUGCUUGCAUUUUUGCUAAGCAAAUAAAUUAUACUUAGAGCUCCACAGAAUAUGGAGGGAAAAAGCAGGUUGUUUAUUCUGCUAGAUAUCUGCGAUUGAUAGCUUCAGAUGUGACGCAUACCAUCAUUUCUUGUAUAAAGCUUGCAGCUGCUAUUGGGACUCCAAGAACAGUGAAAGUUACUAGCCAGAGCCCUCCUAGACGAAGGAAAAAUUGCCCUGGUCCCAGUUCGCCCCAUGAAUAAAGAGGUCCAUCUUUCAGGGAUGAGUACUCGUUCACCUAUUUCAGGAACAGAUGAUUGCAUCAAUAAUGUAAUUGUGUUUUUACUCUCGGUGAACAUCAUAUGCAGAAAGUUUUGGAGCGAACAUACCGGCC